CAGCGGACGUCGCUUCCGGAGCAGCAAUGGCGGCCACGGAGGACGAGAGGCUAGCGGGGAAUGGUGAGGGAGAGCGGCUGGAUUUCCUCCGGGACCGGCACGUGCGGUUCUUCCAGCGCUGCCUCCAGGUCUUGCCCGAGCGCUAUUCUUCGCUGGAGACCAGCAGGUUGACAAUUGCAUUUUUUGCACUCUCCGGUCUGGAUAUGUUGGAUUCCUUAGAUGUGGUGAACAAAGAUGAUAUAAUAGAGUGGAUUUACUCCCUGCAGGUCCUCCCCACAGAAGACAGAUCAAAUCUAAAUCGCUGUGGUUUCCGAGGCUCUUCAUACCUGGGUAUUCCAUUCAAUCCAUCCAAGAAUCCUGGAACAGCUCAUCCUUAUGAUAGUGGACAUAUAGCAAUGACCUACACUGGCCUUUCCUGUUUAAUUAUUCUUGGAGAUGACUUAAGCCGAGUAAAUAAAGAAGCUUGCUUAGCAGGCUUAAGAGCACUUCAGCUGGAAGAUGGGAGUUUCUGUGCAGUUCCUGAAGGCAGUGAGAAUGACAUGAGAUUUGUGUACUGCGCUUCCUGCAUAUGCUACAUGCUCAACAACUGGUCAGGCAUGGAUGUGAAGAAAGCCAUCAGCUAUAUUAGGAGAAGUAUGUCCUAUGAUAAUGGGCUGGCACAGGGAGCUGGACUUGAAUCUCAUGGAGGAUCCACUUUUUGUGGCAUUGCGUCACUGUGCCUGAUGGGCAAAUUGGAAGAAGUUUUUUCAGAAAAAGAACUGAACAGGAUAAAGAGGUGGUGUAUAAUGAGACAGCAAAAUGGCUAUCACGGAAGACCUAACAAGCCAGUAGACACCUGUUACUCUUUUUGGGUGGGAGCAACUCUAAAGCUUCUGAAAAUUUUCCAGUACACCAACUUUGAGAAGAAUAGAAAUUAUAUCUUAUCCACCCAAGAUCGCCUUGUAGGGGGCUUUGCCAAAUGGCCAGACAGUCAUCCAGAUGCUUUGCAUGCAUACUUUGGAAUCUGUGGACUGUCACUAAUGGAAGAAAGUGGAAUUUGCAAAGUUCAUCCUGCUCUGAAUGUAAGCACACGAACUUCUGAACGUCUUCGAGAUCUCCAUCAAAGCUGGAAAACCAAGGACUCUAAACAGUGCUCAGAGAAUUUCCACAUCUCCACCUGACUGACUUUAGACUGGAGUAGGGGGUUUGUAGCAUAACUGUAGCUCAAGGUUAAAAGCCAUGUAUAACCAGGUGUGCUUUUUUUUUAAGGGGUAGAGUCCUAAAAUCAAAGCCUAUACUGCUAACACUUUGGGAAGUGGUCUUGAGCCAGUAACCUUUGUAUAGGUUUCAAGAAAAUCUUUGAGUGCUGUGGCUCUUACAUGUUUAUACUGGGUUUCUAAGAAGUUCUUUGAGGCAAAUUGUAUGUAUGUAUGUAUGUAGGCUUUCUUUUUUAAAAGUCUCCAGUACAAGUUCUGUCUUACAAAAUGGACACAAAUCUUCAGAACAAGUUUACACUUCAUAUAGCAUUGAUAAUCUUCAGGUGAGCAUUUAGUGACCAUUUAAAAAUCUUGACUGCUGAUGGUAAAAAGACAAAAUUGCUUUAUCUAUUAUUUGAAAACAGAUGGUCCCAUAAUUUUUUUUAAAUGACUUGUUUUAUGUUAUUCUUAAGUAUGGUGUGCCAACUAGACUUGUAUAACCUAUAUAAAUGAAAUUAAUAAGUUUAUAAGAAUAAAUAGGCUUAACUAAUACUAUAGUUUUCUAAAGGAAGAUUGUUUUAAGGAUACUGUUAUGUAGAACUAAGGAGAAAGUACUUGAACUGUGAUUAUGAAUGAGAAAGCUUUGUGCUGUGUGUCUUUAUUUAGA